AUGUCUGUCGAUCUUCUCUACCCUGACAACAAAAACCGGGGCAGCCGAGUCAAGCAGCUGGUCGCCCAAAUCUCCACCAUCCAGAACGACGCUAGACUCUCCAAGGCGACCGUUUCAGACCAGCUCAAGGUCGCCGAAAGCAAGCUUACAGAUGUUCUCCAAGCGCAUGGAUUGCAAUCCCUUGAUCAGUUGAAGAAAGAAUUGAUCGACAGCUUGCCCGAAGAAGUCAAGAAGCACUACUUGGACCUGGUCAAGCACUAUGAGAAAGAUGUGGCGGAUGAUACGCAGGUCAUAGACAUCAUCGGGCUGGUCCUCACCGUCUCGGGGGUGUGGCCAGUACGGUUGGUCCGGUUUGUCACCAGUGGCAAGGUCGCCGCAGCAUUGGGAUGUAUUGUCCGGGCACUGGCUGUCCUCGCUACAGUAAACUUGGCACGCGGGAUAGAUAUUGAAUCGGCCCAGAAGCUUAUCAAGUUGGGCUCCGCUGUUAUCAAGUCUAUCUCACCCGACAUUGAGUUGGGCGAGGCAGCGUUGAAGUGCCUCAAUGUUGUCAAGGUCGCAGGAACGGUCCUUACAGCCCUGGGCGUGUUCAUCGACGGCAUCAUCCUGAUUAUCGUGGCAUUUAAGGGAGCCGAGCAGCGCGAACAACUUGAAGCGGCAAUCAACGUCCUUUCAUACCGCCGCUUCAGCGCCCAGGCCGUCUCUCUCAUGGGCGAAGUUUACGCGCAGUACAUUUCCUCCCUGUACGCCCUGGUGGUGAAGAUGAAGAAGAAGGCCGAUAUUGAGGACGUCGUCGACGAAACCUGCGAUGACCUGAAGAAGCGCAUGCAGGGGCUCGAGGGAGUGAAUUUGGAAUCUGUCUAUGAUUCCCUGAAGAAACUGGAUGACAGUGAUGCGAAUACGUGGAACGAGAAGGAUCCUACCAAGCAGGCUCUGGAGAAGUGGUGGGAUGAUGGCCAUGAUCCCACUCAAUACAAGGGGCCUCUUCCUGACAAGCACCCGGAUGGAAGGAAAUAA